AUGGCCAUCGGUGCGCUGAAUCAGGCUUCGUUUGUGCUCUCGAGACUGGACGUUAACAAAGACAGCAUGACUAUUAACUUAUACUCAACCAAGGAUCUCAUUGUUGGCGAAGCCGUUAUGAUGGGAUUGGCGCCGUUUGUUGGACAUGAUGUGAAGGUUUAA